AUGGCGUUGGGAGCUGGGGUUGCACUCUGUGAGACGGCAGAGCUUGGGCGCUUCCUCCAGGCCAAGACGACGUUGGACGCCGGAGCGAUUGUGUGCGCCAGUCGAGGCCUUUGCUUCCACCAUGACCGGGAAGCCACCACAGACAUUCUGGACAUGCUCUUCCAGACCACGCCGGCAGGCACCGCAAAGCGGGAAGCUCUCAGUCAUCAGAUCACUGAUCUUUGUCCCCGCGCCAGCGACGACGUCGACGUGCUGAAAGCCGCGCUAGGUCAUGCCACCCGGGCGCUUGAUCUGAAUGAUGCUGUUCUCGAACGAGUUCACACCAAGCUAGGCCAAAAUUGCUUCGACCAAGGUUUUUUCCCCGAUGCCAGUCUCCUCAAUCAUUCCUGUCAACCAAACUGUGGGGUCUUUGUGCCUGACCGUGAGGGUGGUCAAUGGCGUACCAUGGAAGUGCGAGCCACUCGUGCAAUUGCGACUGGCGAAAUGCUGACCAUCUCCUACCUCGAGGGUAGUCGUCUCAUGUUGCCCGUCGACCAGCGCCAGCGGCAUUUACAAGCCGCCUACGCGUAA